AUGGUUUCUUCAUCACUGACCGACCAAGAUGAUAGCGACGACUGUCAAAUCACGGUCGCUCCCAAACAGUCCUCGCUGUCUGAAGUCCACACCCGCCUCAGCAAAACCUACAGCAGAGGUAUCGAGGCAGACCGUCGGUCGAGCGCUUUCAAUGGAUCGACGCUAUCUAAGAUCCGCAGCCACCUCAGCAGAACACACAGUCAAGCUACAGAAUUGGAGGAGACGGAGGAUGAGGUUGACUGGCGCACCCUGCCAGGGUUGACCACCGCAUCUCCAGUGGACCGAAGCCUUGGUCUGACCUGGAAGAACUUGACCAUCAAAGGAGCAGCCACGGGAGGAACCAUCAAUGAGAAUGUGUCCUCACAGUUCGUCCCGCCGUUCUUGAGAAAAGACAGGUUCACGACCACAUCGGUGAAAACGAUAAUCAACAACAGCUCUGGCUGCGUAAAGCCAGGUGAGAUGCUGCUGGUGCUAGGCCGUCCCGGCGCAGGUUGUACAUCACUCUUGAAAGUCCUAGGCAAUCGGCGCAAAGGCUUUAAAGAGAUCGAGGGCCAGGUGAUGUAUGGGUCGUUCAGCCAUGAACAAGCUGAGCAGUACCGCGGGCAAAUUGUGAUGGAUGAAGACGAGAAUACGUUUUUCCCGACUCUGACCGCGGGAGAAACCAUCGACUUUGCUACACGUCUGAAUGUUUCACAUGACGGCCCGACCGGAUCCGGCUCCCCAGAGGAGGCAAGACGCGCAACUGUGGACUUUCUCUUCCGCAUGCUGAAAAUUUCCCAUACCAAAGAUACGAGAGUCGGAAACGAAUACAUCCGCGGUGUCUCUGGUGGUGAGCGAAAACGUGUUGGCAUCCUGGAGGUUAUCGCUGCCCAGGGCAGUAUAUGUCUCUGGGACAACUCCACGAGGGGCUUGGACGCAAGCACGGCACUGCUGUACGUUCAAUCCGUCAGGAAGCUAACGGACCUGUUUGGCCUUUCAUCGAUCGUCACGCUCUAUCAAGCUGGUAACGGCAUUUACAAUCUGUUCGACAAGAUCUUGGUGCUCGAAGACGGUGAGCAGAUCUACUACGGACCAAAGGACUCGGCAAGGUCAUUCUUCGAAGACCUUGGCUUUGUCUGUGCAGACGGUGCCAACAUCGCGGACUUUUUGACAGCAGGAGUCACCGUGCCCACUGAACGCCGAAUUCGUAAAGGCUACGAGCCUCGUUUCCCAAAAACCGGUGCAGAGAUUCGCGCACGAUUCGAGUCCUCGGCGAUUAACAGGAACAUGAAGGCUGAACUGGACUAUCCUGACGCAGCGUCGACCAAGGAGCUGACAGCGAAUUUUGCCGACAUGGUCAAACGCGAGAAACACCCGGGCUUGCUAGCCAAGCGGUCCCCGUAUACGGUCAGUUUCUGGUCUCAGCUGAAAGCCAGCGUCAGACGUCAGGUCCAGAUUCUCAGAGGCGAUAAAACGGUUCUGUUCGUCAAACAGGGCUCGAACAUCAUCCAAGCACUUACGGUCGGCGCACUUUUCUACAACGCGCCGGACACUUCAACAGGCACCUUUCUUCGCAACGGCACUCUCUUCACAGCUAUUGUGUUCAAUGUCUUUCUGGCACAAUCUGAGGUUACCGAUUCCUUCGUUGGCCGCUCUGUUCUGACCAAACACCGCAGUCUGGCAUUUCACCACCCUGCGGCCUGGUGUCUGGCGCAAAUCAUUACCGAUAUCCCCAUCGUCCUCUUCCAAAUCACGGCUUUCUCUCUUCCGGUCUAUUUCAUGGUGGGACUGACUCAGUCCGCUGGCGUAUUCUUCACAUUCUGGUUCAUACUCAUCUCCGUGACAUUCUGUCUUACAGCUUUCUUCCGAGCCGUUGGAGCCGGUUCCAAAACGUUCAACGAUGCAAGCAAGCUUUCUGGUGUCGCUGUCCUGUCGCUGCUCUUGUACAGCGGAUACAUGAUCGCAAAAGGCGCCAUGAAGCCCUGGUUUGUCUGGCUCUACUGGAUCGACCCAAUCGCGUACACAUUGAACGCACUUCUUUCCAAUGAAUUGCACGGCAAAAUCAUCAGUUGCGCCGGACCAAAUCUUGUUCCCACGGGACCGGGAUACAAUUCACCGGAGAAUCAGGCAUGUACAGGCGUUCGUGGCGCGACGCCUGGGCAAAUCGCCGUUUCUGGAGAACAAUACCUGGACUCUCUCAGUUACAGCCACUCGCACCUUUGGAGGAAUGUCGGCAUCGUUUGGGUUUGGUGGGCAUUCUUCGUCUUCCUGACAAUCCUUGGCACCUCGACGUGGCAAAGUAUCUCGUCCCAGAACGGAGUUCUCGCGAUUCCGAGAGAACUCGCGGAAAAAGCACGACUCCCGACCGAGGACGAAGAAUCACGAGGCCGUACCGGUGCAACGACACCGGCAAGUAGCUCGUCUCUCGGCCCCAUCGAUGAGAAAAGGGCCAACGAACGACUCAACCAGAACAAAUCCAUCUUCACAUGGAAGAACCUGAACUAUACUGUUUCGACUGCGCACGGCCCUCGCCAAUUACUCGACAACGUUCAUGGAUGGGUCAAACCGGGCCAAUUGGGUGCACUAAUGGGCUCUUCGGGCGCCGGCAAGACGACUCUUAUGGACGUGCUAGCACAGCGGAAAACCGAUGGCACAAUCACCGGGUCGGUUCUGGUGGAUGGCGAGCCACUUCCGCUCAACUUCCAACGGUCCGCUGGAUAUUGCGAACAGCUUGACGUUCACGAACCCCUGGCUACCGUGAGAGAAGCAUUGGAGUUUUCCGCCCUUCUACGUCAGCCGGGGUCUACUCCGAGAGAAGAGAAGCUGGCCUAUGUCGACGUGAUCAUUGACCUACUCGAGAUGCACGAUAUCGAGAACUGUUUGGUCGGUCAUGCCGGCGGCGAAGGCUUGUCGGUCGAACAACGGAAGCGCCUGACCAUCGGUGUCGAGCUCGUCGCCAAGCCCAGCAUCCUGACUUUUCUCGACGAACCCACCUCUGGUCUCGACGGCCAGGCGGCCUACAACAUCAUACGGUUCCUCAAAAAGCUAGCAGCCGCGGGCCAAGCCAUUCUCGUCACCAUCCACCAACCCAGCGCCCAACUCUUCUACGAGUUUGACACGUUACUUCUCCUCACCCGAGGCGGCAAAACGGCGUACUUUGGGGAGAUCGGGGAUCACGCCGCCACCUUGAAAGAAUACUUCGGCCGCCACGACGCCGCAUGUCCGCCAGACAAGAACCCGGCUGAACACAUGAUCGACGUCGUGUCCACCAGGAAGAAGGACUGGCACCGGAUUUGGCUCGAGUCGCCCGAACACGACGCAAUGCUGUCGGAACUCAACGGCACCGUUGAGAAGGUCAGGGGGCAUCAUACACACGUGGCCGACGAAGACGAGGAGUUCGCCACGGGCCUGUGGUCCCAGAUCAAGCUUGUCACCCUGCGGAUGACGAGGUCCAUGUAUCGAAACCCAGAGUACGUCAACAACAAGUUCUCGUUGCACAUCAUCACUGGACUCUUGUCCGGCUUCAGUUUCUGGCAGAUCGGUGACAGCGUGAGCGAUCUCAACCUCCGCAUGUUUUCGACUUUUCAAUUCAUCUUCGUUGCGCCGGGAGUCAUUAACCAACUACAGCCCCUGUUCAUCGAGAAACGCGACAUCUAUGAUGCUCGAGAGAAGAAGUCGAGGAUGUACAGCUGGAAAGCCUUCGUCACUGGUCUGAUCCUCUCGGAGAUGCCGUAUCUCGUCGUCUGUGCCGCCCUGUACUUUUUCACCUUUUACUACACCGUCGGCUUCUCCGGCGAGUCCAGCAAGGCGGGCCCCUCGUUCUUCAUGAUGCUGCUGUACGAAUUCCUGUACACCGGCAUUGGCCAAUUCAUUGCGGCGUACGCGCCAAACGCGACCGCGGCAGCCCUCGCCAACCCUGUUGUACUCUUCACCAUGGUCGGCUACUGCGGCGUCCUCGUGCCGUACGACCAGCUUGUCGACGGUCUACGCUACUGGUUGGCCUGGCUGAACCCCUUCACCUACCUCAUGUCCGGUUUGCUGCUUUUUCCAAACUGGGACGUCGUGAUCAAGUGCAGUGAGAAUGAGCUGGCCGUCUUCGACCCGCCUGCCAACCAGACCUGCGCACAGUAUUUGGAGGACUACAUCGCGAGUCCCUACGGGAUGUCGAGCAAUCUUCUGAACCCCGACGCCCAGGCCGGCUGUCAGGUCUGCCAGUAUCGGUACGGAAGUGACUGGCUCAGGUCUCUCAACAUCAAGGAGCGCUACUACGGGUGGAGGGAUAUAGGGAUCGUGGCGAUCUUCGUCUGCUCCAGCUAUGCGCUUGUGUUUUUGUUGAUGAGAUUGCGAACAAAGAAGAGCAAGAAGGCCGAAUGA